AUGAAGAAGUUUGGCUUUGGAAAGAAAGGCGAUGAUGGCGACGACACUAACCGCCACGCCUUAUUCGGUCGCAAAAAGUCGUCUCAGUCUGUCUCUUCCGACAAUCCCUACGCCAAACAAGGCGGCAAAGAUCCCUACGCCGAUGAUGCAAAGUACGCCAACGUCACUCCUUACCAGCAAGCCCGCGCUGGUCUAAGCAAUGGCCCUUCCCCUGGCCCCGGUGCUCAAGCCGCCAACCCUUAUGGUGCUCCUCCUCCUGCCCAAGGAGGUCAUAACUCUCAGCCCCCAAGUGGUUACGGUGCUGACCGAUACGGAUCCGGAGGUGGUUAUGGUGGAAGCCGAUAUGGCGAUACUCCUUCGCAGAACCGCCCUGCUCCAUCUGCUGGUGCAAGAGGUCCGGGUGGUUAUGGUGGAUUUGGGCCUAGCGAGCCUGACAAUAACCGCGAUGACCUCUUUGCCGGCGCCCAGCAACGACAGGCCCAAAACCAGCAACCCGCCAACAACGGCCCACAAUCUGGGGCUGCCGGUGGCUCCUACGGUGGUUAUGGCGAGGAACGCGAAUUGACUGCUGAGGAACAAGAAGAAGCUGAAUACCAAUCUAUCCUUGCGGAGAAGCGACAACUCCAGCAGGAGAGUGCCUCUUCGGUCAACCGCUCAGUGCAGAUGGCUCGUCAAGCCAACGAAGUUGGUCGUGCCACUCUCGCUCGUCUGGGAGCCCAGGGAGAACGUCUUAACAACACUGAAAAGCAUCUUGAUUUGGCUGCCAACCAGAACAAGAUUGCACAGGAUCGAGCUGCUGAGCUCAAGACACUCAACGGCAGCAUGUUUGCCGUUCAUGUGAGCAACCCUUUCACCUCCAAACAGCGUAAAGCCAGGGCGGACGAGGAAGUUCUGAACCGCCAUCGAUCGGAAAGAGAACAGCGGGAGGCUACUCGCCGCGAUGGUUUCACAGCCAAUCAGCGCAUGGAGAACAACUUCAGAGAAGUGAACGCUGCUGCCCGACCAAGACAACAACCACGCAAAAAGGAUUACGGAAAGUUCAACUUGGAAGAUGAAGAAGGAGCCGACGAACUCGAGGACCAGAUCGAUGAUGGUAUCAACGAACUCGAGGGUCAGGUAUCCAUGAUGAACAUGGUCGGCCGAGCUAUUGGAAAGGAGGUUGAUGCGCAAAAUAAGCAGAUUGAUCGUAUUACGGAUAAGGCAAGUCGCUUCUCACCCCAACCAGUCUGGAUUCAUUGCUAA